AUGCAGAAACAAGACCGCUUAUUACUUGUGCAAAACAAGUGCCAAAGGUCUGCUAGUAGUACUACAUGCAAAAUUUGUACAACAGUGAAGAUGAUGUCUGUCAAACCGAGAUGGUCUUUGUCGUUUGAUGUUUGAUUUAUAUAUUAUUGAACCGGAUGAAACACGCGGACGCGGGGCCGCAAAGGAGUCAAAAAAGCGUAG